AGGGGCAGCUGGCAAGCCUGCCAAAAAGAAAAAAAGAAAAAGCGCAGCUGCUAACUGAAACUGGAGAUGUCUGUCCAGCACCCUGCCUGGGUCACCCAGCUCUGCCUGCCUGGAAUUUGCGCUCUACAUAGACCAUGAUCUGGGUGGACAGCUCUGGGAGCGGCAGCUGGGGACAUGAGAAAGGUAUCUCUUCCUUUUAACCCUUUUCAUGCCUGUCAUGCUUCCCUGCCACUUGCUUUAUGCCAAACCAGGCCAGGUCUCUCCCACCAGAUACCAGGACCCCCAAAGGGUCUGCAGCAAGCAAGGAUCUUUGACACUUUCAUGAGGACUGGUGGACUGAGAAAGGAGGAGGAAGUGGUGACUGAAGUGGUCCUUCAUUUCCGGGGGUGUCUUGGUGGAGAUGGUGUUCAGAUUAGUAGCAGUAGUAGUAUUGGAGGAAGUGUGUAUGCUAAGAGGGUCUUGGGGCAGCAUUUCCCAUUCGGAUGUGUAGAGACUUAGGAUAGGUGAAUGCUUGUCAGAAGAAAAUAUACUGCUGAGAAUGUGGGGUUAUGAUGUAAGUGAAUGUGGUCCCGGUAAGUGUCCUGGCCUGUUACUCCUUGGAAGAUGGGGCAGGCGGGGAUGGCUGUGGAAGGGUAUGCAAAUAAUCUUUCCCAGUCGCAAAACAAAAGCGGUCUUCUGUAAAUAACCUGGACCAGAGUCCUUAAUCUGAAUGGGUAUUUUUCAUUAUGAGGGACAAGUACAAAAGGGGGGGGGGAGUGGGUGAAGAUGCCUUUCUGGAUCAGAUAUCUCACAAAGAACUCGUCUGGCUUGAGAUUUGGGAGGGGAGAGAUGAUGUACAUAAUCAUAUGGGUCAGUAUGGGUGGUGGUGGGGGGAUGACUGGCUACAGAAUAAUCCAGAUGAGUAUUUAGCGCAGUUUAGGCCACGAGAUAACAGUCUUGUGGGAUAGAGUUGCUGUGGGCCCAGGUUAGGAAAGUAGAACCCUUAAGAUUUGUGAAGAGGGUUGUUGGCAAGGUAGUCUUGAAAUACUUGGACCUCCAGUUGAGGUCAGCACCAGAGUUGACACAUUCAAGGCAGAAAUGUUAAGUUUGGGAACAGAGAGCUGCGUAAUUCCAAAUGGCAUUGGUAGAUUGAAUGUCAGAAUUCUGUGGUUGGGGGAAGGUAGGAAAACUAGCUAUAAUGCUGAUGUCGUAUGUGUUCUUGGAGCUGGGGUGCUUUAUAACAAGGAGUGCUUUAUUCUGUUGGGUUCUCACGUGAAAAAACAGAAGUAAUGUCUUAAAAUGGGUUCAUCUGGCAAGCCUGAAUCCUUUUCUUUCCUAAUGCAGGAAUAGGAGGGUGCAGGGGGGUGGGGAGAAUUGCUAGUGGUUUUCCAUGGGAAGUAGGUGGGUGGAGUCCCAAGUUCAGGCUGCCUGUGACACUUGACUGCAGGUUUUCUUGUAAUGCUACAUAACUGUUGUCGGCAGUUCCAGCACUGGGCCUGGAGGAAAGGAACAUGCUCCUGCAGUUCAUGAAUAAAUAUAGUGUGCCUGUUAGGGGGAUGAGUGGGUGGGUUGAAGGUAGGUCACCCUUGGGAGACGCCUGUCCUGCAGAGGAAAAAUUUGCAGGAUGUUCUGGGGUAGGUGGGUGGGUUAAAGAAAUGCGAGGGGAAAGGAUGCCUGGAAUGGGGAAGGUCUGAUCACUACUUUGUGGUUCAGAGAAGGCAGCUCUUUUUUAAAAAAGGGUAGUUCAGCAGGGCAAGAGCUUUCAGUUAGAUGGGAUGGCUAGCACAGAAGGCAGCUCUGCUGUCUGAAGCCUGGGAGCUGGCAAGGCAAGGCACAGCACGCAUGGCAAGCCGGGGUUCUCAAGUUGCAUCAGGUGGCUGGAAAUGCAGAGAUUCCCCACCCCUUUAUGCAAAUGCCUAGAAUGGCACCACAGGCUGAUGCAAGCCCGCUAUGGAGCAGCAAUCCAGAAUGACAAUUGGCCCUCCCUCGCCAGCCAGCCAGCCGUCUGAGCAGUUAAAGCUGCAGACUCCCGCCUGCCUGGGCCGAAAGAGCACUGCUGCGUAGCAUGGGCAGCCAGGAGGAGACAGCUCUGUUGCUGUUCAUGGAGUUCGCGAUCUGCGCCCCGGAGCAGCCUCUUUAUAGAGCCGCCCCUGGCCAGUUCUCAGUGCAGAAUGGCUGUAGGUGGGGGAAAGGAGUCUGGAGCCCCACGGCAGUGGGGGUGGUCCAGAAAGAGAGUGGGGAAGGUGGGGCAGCCCCCUGUUCUGAAGGAAGGCUGGAACUUUGAGGACAUUGAUUUAAUUGACAUCCUGUGGAGACAGGAUAUCGACCUUGGAGCUGGCCGUGAGAUUUUUGACUACAGCCAUCGCCAGAAAGAGAACGAAGUGGACAAAGAAGCCAGCAACGGGCAGGAGUGCGGGGAUGGCUGGAGGAGCCGAGGGGGCGAUGUCGCUGAAAGGGCCCUGCUAGUGGAUGGCGAGACAGGGGAGAGCUUCCCUGCACAGGUGCCUGGUGUGGAGGACCAGACAGCCUUGUCUUUGGAGGAGUGCCUUAGGCUGCUGGAGGCCACAUUUCCCUUUGGGGAGAAUUCAGAGUUUCCAGCUGCAGAUGCCCCCACCCUGACUGAAGCUGUGCCUAGCGAGAGUGGGACGUCUGUUGUCCCAAAUGGGCUCCUGUCUCCUCUUCUGACAGAGACUGAGUUGCCCUUUGAUCUGGAGCAGCAGUGGCAAGACCUCAUGUCUAUCAUGGAAACGCAGGGUAUGGAGGUCAACAGCACAGCAGCUGCAGAGAACUUGUACAACAGCACAGGCGGAGACAUCCUGACAACCAAUUACAGCCUUGCACCUUCCACCCCCAUCAAUCAGAAUGUCAGCCUGCAUCAGGCAUCACUAGGCAGCUGCACCCAGGACUUCCCUUCCCUGUUCAACUCUGAGAUUGAGAGCCCUUCGCUAGCUGGCAGCUCAGCUUUGUUGCAGCUGGUUCCUGACAACUCCACUGGCUUCAGCUCCACCUUUGCCUCAACCAACUUGAGUGGGAUCUUUUUCCCUCUUCAGCUUAACAACACUGCAAAUGAAACAUCUGGGCCUGACCUUCCAGAUCCUCUAGGGGGACUCCUAGAUGAAGCCAUGCUGGAUGAGAUUAGCUUGAUGGACUUGGCUAUCGAAGAAGGCUUCAACCCAGUGCAGGCCUCCCGCCUGGAGGAAGAGUUUGAUUCAGACUCGGGGCUCUCCCUGGACUCAAGCCACAGCCCUGCCUCUCUCAGCAGUUCAGAAGCCUCUUCCUCAUCGUCUUCGGCAUCUUCCUCCUUUUCCGAGGAAGGUGCUGUAGGCUACAAUUCAGACUCUGAAAACGUGGACUUUGAAGAGGUGGAAGGGGCUGUUGGGUACCAGCCGGAGUACAGUAAGUUCUGUCGCAUGAGCUAUCAGAACCCUUCCGAGCUGCAUUACCUGCCUUACCUAGAGCAUGUGGGUCAUAACCACACCUACAACAUGGCCCCCAGGACCUUGGAUACUGACGAGCCUGAGCCAGCCAGUGUGGGAAAGAAGAGUGCCAAGGAGAAACAGGUAGACUUCCUGGAUAAACAGAUGAGCAGAGAUGAGCAUAGAGCCCGAGCCAUGAAAAUCCCUUUCCCCAAUGAGAAGAUCAUUAACCUACCUGUAGAAGAAUUCAAUGAACUCCUAUCCAAGUACCAGCUGAGUGAGGCCCAGCUGAGUCUCAUCCGGGAUAUCCGUAGGCGGGGGAAGAACAAGAUGGCUGCCCAGAACUGUCGCAAGAGGAAGCUGGACACUAUCCUCAAUCUAGAAAGGGAUGUGGAGGACUUGCAAAGGGACAAGUCGAAGUUGCUCAGGGAGAAGGUAGAAUUCCUCAGGUCUCUACGCCAGAUGAAGCAAAAGGUGCAGAACCUCUACCAGGAGGUAUUCGGCCGCCUACGUGAUGAGAAUGGCCAGCCCUACUCCCCAAAUCAGUAUGCCCUACAGUAUGCCAAUGAUGGCAGUGUGAUACUAAUACCACGCUCCUUGGCUGACCAGCAGGGCAGGCGGCAAGAAAGGAAACAGAAAGACAGAAGGAAGUGAGAGGUGGUGAUGAUCGGCAGAAGAGUGCAGAACUCACUGAAACUACAUCUGGAGAAGGGCUGAGCCCAGAAGGAAGCUGAAGGAACUUUCAUGCCCUUCUUAUCCAAUAUAUCUUCUCAAACCAUAGCAGCUGCCAGUCAGUGUAUACGAGCAGACUGCAGGGCGGGGAGGGGGCCAACAAGUCUGGAGGGGGCAAAAUGGCAAAGCAUGUUGGGAAAGACCUGUGCCCCCAGCAGCCUGGAACCCAUUAUGGAAUGUUGUGGGGGUGGGGGAAGAUACCUGGCAUAACAUGUAUGUGGGAAGGGGUAGAAAAGUUGAGUUGUUACAGCUGGGAUUUUUAAAGAUAAGGGGGUAGAUUUUGUGGACAGAUGGAGCAGGCUUAAGAGAGCAUUUUGUUUUCUUUCAGCUUUCAAAAAGAUGGGUAUGUUGGGCAGCUGGGUUUUUCAGAACCUGUUUUAUGACAUUAGUUGUGUGUAAUUUAAAAACACAACUGUAUCUCACAAUUAGCUAGCAUCCCUUCCUUAGUUUGGGGGUGGGGGGACCAUAGUAGGUGGAAAGCACUAAGUUGAGUUUGGUUACAGAAAGGGGAUGUUUUCUUAUCCCUUCUGAGUGUAGGGGAAAGGUUUCCACUUAAGGAGAGAAACCAUACAGCUUUUUAAAACCUGCCAUAACUGUUGAAAGGCUGGGACUGGAAAGGGUUAAUGGAACAGCUAUGGUGGUGCAUCUUCCCAUUAAACACGUACCAAGCAUGUCACUCUGCCUGUGUGGAGGAGCGGGCAUGGGUGCUGUCCCCCAGAGGCAUAGCAAGAUGGCAUACAAUAAACUGCAUGCUCCAGUAUGCCAUCUUUCCCACUAAUUGACUUGAAGAAACUGCUUGGGGGAGGAUUUGGGGGGGGGGUGCAAUUAUGAAGACUGGCUUCCUCAGCUGGCUGGGGUGGGUGUGGUCAUUACCAUUUGGUCUACAGCACAAAUGGGUUUGAUUCCUCUUAAAGUAGGUUUGUGGCAUAGGGAGAAUUGCCUUCUCCAUGGGUACUUGAGUUUUAAUGAACUGUUGUAGAGCAAUGUCCACCUGGUCUCUCCUUACCCUUUUGCACUGUAGACUGAUCUCAUAGCAUACAUCUAGUAAAGCAAGGGCAAUGAUGCCACCUCCCACAAAGACCAAGGCUGCUGAAAGGUUUUUUUUUUUUUUUGCCAUAGAGACUGUGUUAAAUACUGUGUGAUUUCACAGCUGGCUUCCCUUCUGGUAUUUUUGGAGGGUUACUCUGUCCACCCCUUCCUCCCUUUCUUAAGAGUAAGGCAAAGGAUGAGGGUAGUGCCUUGAACACGGCUGGCCUCAAGCUAUGGAGCAGUCCUUGAAGCAGUUAAACUUGCAGUAUAGCACAGCUGGAAGUAUUACUGACCUUACCAGCACCUGCAGAACUUAAUGGGCUUUGGUUCCCACCCCCACCCCAUUAGCUAGCCAGUCCUGUGUACAUGAUGGUGUAGCACUGAAAUGGGCAUCCUCCAGAGGGGGGUGGGUAUGAUGUGCUGUUUAAAGGACAAACAAGGCAGCCUGGUGUUCCAAUUGAUCUUGUCUUCUCAUGGCCUAGGUUUUUGCAGAGUGUGAGCAGGGGGGUGGGCGAGAUGAGCCUCUUCUGCCUCUCUUGUUGCCUGCAAGGUGUGACAGCAUGAAAACUUGAAGCACAAAGUGUGUCAGCUGUGGCUGGGGUUGCUGUGUGCUUCGGAUGGAGCCCUGAUGUGUGCAUGUGUUAAUUUAUUUUUUUCCUUUUAGAGAUUUUUAUGUUGAAUGGUUUCUGUGACCUGUUGGGGAGAGGAGAGUGUGAGCGAGCACAGGACAAAAAAAUAAAAAAGGCUUAUUCACUAUUUAA